AUGGUAGUCGUUCGCUCUGCACGCGCAUCUCCAAUUGCCAAGCGCGUGCGCUCAGACUGUUUCUCCAUGGUGAAUAUUUCGUGGUACGGAGGUGCCAGUGUCCAUGCACCCAACUGGCCGAUAAACGAUGCCAACAUUUCCAUGCAGCCCUUCACAGUCAGCGACCUUAGGGACAACCCUUCUGGCUUCGGAUCAGUUUUAGAACGCUACUUCCUGGGAUCCUCAGGUGUGUCAGUUCUAGUGGCCCCGAACAUCCCGCUUCACGUAGGAAUGGAGAGCAGACAGCAGUUCUGUUUGCAGACGCCGCCCAGUAUGGAGCGCAUGCCGCUGCAGUACACCGUGUGUGUUGGACACAACAUUCGAGCCGUCCAUCAGGAGUCAAUGCAGCAGCUCUCCACAGCCAGACGAGAGCUGCCAAACAUGGAUGUCUUACGGCUGCCUUUCUGGAAGCUUCUAGCAAACGUGGACUCGGGGGCCAAGCUAGAGCGCGAGCUGAGAACCUUCUCAAACCGGCUGAAGCGGCAUCACCUGGGGGAGGGAGUCAUCAGCCUCGACGAACAUUCCACUGCUCUCCUCGCCAGCAUGGACCACAGCUACCUCAAUAGCAAGAAAAGGACGUCUAAGAGACAGACGAGGGACCUCCCUUUUGUAAAGCUUCUAAACAUUUCCAUCACCCUGUCCCCGUACCUGAGCGUGGACUCGCAGCAGUUCCAGACCUCCAUUCAAGAAGGCAUUGAAGACUACUGGCUGAGUCUGCCCUCAGGACCACAGGGCCGACCGGUGCCUCUGUUGACUCAGUGGAAAGGAAAGUACAGUGUGAAGCUCAACAUCACCAACCCAGAAGCCACGAAUUGGUUUCUGGACAAAGUGGACAGCUUACAUAGCCAUUUGGGCAUGGAGUAUGUCAUCCUGGAAGGCGGUGAGGGGAACCCUUUCGAGGAACAGGCCCUGCGCCCCCCUCUGGCAUGGGUUGGGGAUGAAUACAUCAGACUUCUGGCUGACCUGGCAGGGAGGAUAGGGGAAAAUACCAUUGUGACCUCAGGAACAAGGUCCAGACACAAAGCGCUCUUCAUCCGUAUGAGUGCGCUGCAGUCAGACUGGAGUUACUCUGGCCUGAAGGGCAUCAUUCUAUCCCUGCUGCAUCACAGUCUUCUGGGAUAUAAUUUCUUCAUUCCUGAUGCAGUAGGAGGCUCUCUCUCUGCCGAACUGGUUGCCGAUGACGAGCUUUUCGUUCGUUGGCUGGGAAUCGCAGCUUUUCUUCCUGUCAUCAGCUUCCAGACACCUCCAUGGGUCUUUGAGAAGGAAUGGGUCCUAAACCUCACCAGAUUGUACAUAGCCAAGCACCAUGACUUUGUCAUUCCUUUGAUACUGAAAUACGCAGAGGAAUGGCAAGAGACUGGAAACCCCAUCUACAGGCCGCUGUGGUGGCUCAGUCCAAAUGACCCAAUCACGUUCACUAUUGAUGAUGAGUUCCUCAUUGGAAAUGAGGUCCUUGUUGCGCCAGUUACUGAAAAAGGAGCUUUACAAAGAGACAUAUACCUCCCGGAGAGUGACUUUCAGUGGCAGGACACUAACAAUGCUCAAGUGUUUGAUGGAGGGACGUUUCUGGAAAGUUACCCAGUCGGCCUUGGGGACGUGGCGGUUUUUGUACGAUGGAGAUCCUGAGGCUUAUUUACCACUUUUUUUCUAUUUUUGAAAUUUUCACUUGUGCUGAUCUCAAAUUGCACUUUCCAUAAAGACUGUGUCUCAAGGAAUCUUGAGAUUAGGUAGAAGAUCAUUUGCACUUUAAAAAUCAAAGUGGUUUAUAUUUUCUCAUGAUUUUUAGAUCCCUCAUGUUUUCUCCGCUACUUGUUUUAAUUCGUACAUUUUUUGGACUUUUUUCUUCAGAACGCAGUUUACAUUUGAUAGAUUCUUACAGCCUCUUAAAUUGUUAUCAUGAUAUAGAGCUAGAAAUCAAACUCUUUGCUUAAGAACAAUCAAUGGAAUUUUAUGAAGACCAAACAAUCGAAAAAAAUCGCUAAAUUGAGAAAGACUCUACAAGGAAAAACCAAUGCGCUAAAUGGAUGAAGAUGAAAAUACGCUAAACAUCACUCAUCUCAUCUCAGCGGGGUUUUUACUUGAACUUUGCUGAAUAUUUGAUGUAGUUUUGUAAUGUUUUACCUGUACCUCAAGUUCUCAUGGUGUUUUCAACGUAUAUUUUUCGUCAUGAACUGUGAGAGAAGCACUUACUGAUAGAGAAGACUGAAAUUAAGGGCUUUUAGGGUGAAUAGCACAAUUAUUUUUGUCUACAAAACAAGAAUAUUGAAGAUCAAUCAUUAGUAGUAGAAUAUGAGCCGAUGCCAAACAAAAUUUUCAUAGCUGUACAGUCUUAGUUGAAAUGCAACACACAACAAAGGACAAACUGUUAUUUCAUAAUGGUCGUUUUUGAGAGAUUUUGAUAUUAUGCUGAUCUUAAUAAUUAUUUGUUUAGCUUCUUGUAGUUGACCAGAUUAACCAAUAUGGUAUUUCUAGAUCUUAAGUAAUUCAUAGGACAUUAUUCAAGGUAGAAUUAUAGUUUUGUAUUUAUAUCAAUUCAGACUAAACUUGAUCAUUCAUUGCCUUAACUUUAGAAAUACUUUGAUGACUGUAGCGGCAUUUGUACAUUUUGUCCCAUGAAAUAUAGUUACUAAUCGUUAUAAAGCUGAAUUCCACAAUUACAAAUGAUUUGGGAUAACGGAUGUAGAUUUUUCACAGCCCGAGGGCAACAAUUGUCCUGUAGAAUUGUGGUUUAACGAGUCUGGGCAAAAUACAGAUGCAUUUUAUAAUUUUAUAAUUUGCUAGAGGUGAUGUAUGGCAAGCUGUUUUAAGUUUAAUCUAAAACAUAUUAGUGUCUAGUUUCAUGCUACUAGUGCUUAUUUUUUUUAGCUGCUAGUAUCUAUUC